CAUGAUGCUGCCACCCCCGUGCUUCACGGUUGGGAUGGUGUUCUUCGGCGUCAGGGCUCUACGGUGUGAGUAUUUCACUCGCAUUUGCCCCUAAAAAUAGAUUUGUGCGAACCGGAAAAAGUAUUUACGAGCACAGUGUGCGAUUUAAAGAUUACAACUUAGCUUAAUCUAUUUUUCCCCCGCUGCUAAUUGUUUAAAAACUGUAAGUCCCAUAUUCCACAAGCGGCAUGCGCCAACCACAGUAGUUUUCUGUAAUGUACAGUCAGAGAGAGAAAGGUGAACACUGGAAAAUAGUAUCGUAUAGGCUGUAAGUUAAUGUGCAGACAUCGCUAAAAAUGAAACCAUUUAAAUUUUAUUUUAAGCGAAAAAGAGACUAGGAGAAAGAGGAAUCCGGCAAUGAAUAUUCGCAAGUUUCAACUAAGGAAGCCUCUUCACAAGGUUUACCUGAGGCGUCUAAUGUUGACAUGGCGGCUAACGUUAGGGAUGCUGAGAACAACGUUAGCAAAGCAACCGGGACCCCCGCUGUCACUUACACAUCCACUGUAGCCGGUGGAGGGAUAACAUAUAGAUUCAAUGCGAAUUGGCCCCAUGGCUAGAGUUCGAAAACAACGUCAUGUUCUGCAAAUAUUGUAGAGGGCAGAAACAGGCGGGCAACACGUCCUUCGUGUCAGGAAACCCGCAUCUGAAAAGAGAGAGCGUAGCGAAACAUCUCGCGGCGGUAUAUCCAGUGCAAAGAUCUGUACCUGUUGAGACAGGAGAAACCAUCAGGCACAGUGUCAGCAGCCUUGAGGCAGCAAGUGCUGCUGCCUGAGGAGGAGAAGAGGAGGCAGCUGAAAAUAAAGAUAAACACCGCAUACUUCACUGCGAAAGAACAAGAACCUUUCGUCAAAUUUGGGCCGCUUAUCAGACUCCACCACAAAAACGGAGUUGACAUUAAUUCCACAUACGACAAUGAUGUAAGAUGUGCGGAGAUGAUCGGUCAAAUUGCUGACAUAAUGAGAGAGCCUGUCAGCGAAGCUGAAAGCCGCGAUGUAUCUUGCGGUUCUAAUAGACGGAGACUGAUAUAUCCAACACCGAAUGCGAGAUUGUCUGCGUACGCUUGUUGGAGGAUGGGAAGCCAGUCAAUCUCUUGGUCGGACAACAGACCCUUGAGCACUCUCAUGCCAUUGGUGAGUUGUUCCUCUUCAUAGGCUUUGUUCUUGUGUAAAGUUUAAUCAUUAUUCAUAAUGGAGAUAAUUUAGUUUGUCAGAAAUACUUUUGUAUGAUUGUUUUUUUGUGUUGUCAUUCGAGGUGUUUUGGAUGCUACCAAGGCCACAUUUUGUGCUGUUUGCCCAGAGGAAGAUGGAGGGUCAUGGAUGAAGAAGUGCAUCUCCUUCGGGGCAGAUCGUGCCUCCGUGAACAUGGGCUACCGUGGGGGAGUGAUUGCCCACCUGCAGAGAGAGGUGGGGGGCAUAUAAUCCCAAUUCACUGUAUGCCACAUAGGUUUGUAACUAAUAACUAAUCAUCUCUGUGCUGGAAUGGUAAAUACCACAGAAUUAUUGUUUUCUGUUUUCUGAAUUGUUUGGAAGAUUAUUUUCUGACUUUUACAGACUACAGCUGGCAAUACUGACCAUUCAGAAGAAAGAGCCAAAGGUGUCUGUCGUACGAUCUUCUGAAUCUGAUAUGGAAGACGUAUCACUUCAGCGGAAAAUGCAAACGAGAGUUCUAUGUUCUCGGGCAAGAGCUCGGUGUGGAUAUUUGCACACUGUCUAGCGUCAAGGGAACUUGCUGGAUCCCCCAUGUCCACAGAGCCCUCAAAAUGUUCCUACGGCAUGGACAAGACAAGGACCUUGCCACUGACGAAGGCCAGUGCACCGUUGUUCGGCAGCACAUAGAGCAUCUGGCCGUAGCAUCAACAACAGCUGAAGUUCAAGGGUGGUCAAAGGUCAGUUUUACACAGGAAAUGUAGUACCACACUAGUUGUAAAAAAUUGUUUCAAGACUCAAAUGAACUUUCAGAAUCAAGUAAAUGAGGGGUGACAGUUUAUUUACUCACAGAUAAAGCGGGAAAUGGAGGAUGCACUCUUUUGUGUAUUCUGCUAUUUUCUUUCAGACAUGUUUGAGGAGCUAUCCUCACUUAGCCCUGCAAAGGAAUGACCUGAUCCUCCCCCAAGCCUCAUCAGAGUUGAGGAAGACAAUGACCAGACUGGAAGCACUAAAGCUUAGGGCAAAGGCAGGAGGCAUGCUGGAGAAGAUCCAGACCAUGCUUGCUCAGCAGCAGGGUGAUGAGAGGAGAUUCCAGGUGUGUUUGAAUGAGAGCUUGUUAGGAUGUAAGAGAAAUCGAUUUCAUUGUGUGUUGGUGUGUGUUAUUUCUGUUAAAGGGAAUAACACUGAAGGGGAAUCUGAAAGGCUUCACGGACCUCCAGCUGAAUCCCCAGCUGAAGCAGCACAUGGAGGUGGCCAUCAACAUCGGCGUGGAUGAUCUCAAAGCCAGGUUUGGUGGUUUGCUGAAGGAUGAGGUUGUCCAGACCCCCAGUGGAGUCUUUCAGAGUGCUAAACCCUGACACAUGGCCAGAAGACCAGGCCAGCCUCCUCACCUUUGGCGAUGAUGGUGUGGCAUACCUGAUGAGGCAUUUCAAGGAGCCUCUAGAGAGAUCGGGGUGGAACAUGGUUGGAAUACAGGAUGAGUGGCAGAGGCUGAAAAUCCUGGUCAGCCACAAUUUCAAGGACAAGUCCUACAGUGGCCUGUGGGAGACCAUGUUGACAAAGGACCCCUACAGGCACUGUUAUAAGAACAUACUGGAGUUGGUGCAGCUUAUGCUGGUGCUGCCCAUUUCAGCUGCCCAGUGUGAGCUAGGCUUCUCUGCGCAGAAGCGGAUUAAGAAUUCGACAAGAAGCUGCCUUGGGGUCUCCACCACCGAAGACCUGAUUAGGAUCAGCCUGGAGGGGUCUUCUGUCAAGGAGUUUGAUCCCACUCCUGCCGCGGACCGCUGGCUGACCUCUAAGCGUGCCAGACGGCCAACAUACAAAAGCAGCUGGACAACUGAUAUCCUUUGCGUCAAGUAGGCAUGGGUCAAUGUGUGAUUUUGGUGGUAUGUGCUGUUCCACAGAUGUGUGUCCCUUAGUACACGCUCACACACACAGUAUAAAUAUGUAUGUAAUAAAUUGUUUGUUAAUAAACUCUGUUACAUUU